AUGGUGACUGGAGGUGUCUGUCAAGGCUACAUGUCCCAGACCAAGGAACUAGACUGCAGUCAGCUGCUGCUCUGUCAGACAGCGAAUCAGGACAGAAACGUUCAGGACAACGACAGAAGCGUUCAGGACGUCCAGGAACUAGACUGCAGUCAGCUGCUGCUCUGUCAGACAGCGAAUCAGGACAGAAACGUUCAGGACAAGGACAAAAAUGUUCAGGCUCAGCUUAUGGUAUAAGAGGUAUAAGUACAAUCAUUUUGCACCUUGGAUUAGUUUACCCUACUCUCCUUCAGGGUUGCUUUUUGAAAACAUGCCAGCAUCCUACAGCGUAUAAGUGGGUGGAAUGUGAAACCUGCAACUCCUGGUUCCACUGUAUUUGCGUGUCUGUGAAGCCUAGCCAGGCGUCACAACCUACUUUCCACUUCAAGUGUUCAUUUUGCAACUA